ACUGCGACGCAGGUAUAACGUAUACUGCUGCUGUGAAUAAAUAAACCAUUUAAAAGUAAUUGCUAAUUGGUGUUGGUAAUUGAACAUAGUGUGAGAUCAAACGCGUUAAUAAAAACUAAAUUGAUACUCUUAAGAACGUCAGUUUAUAAGCUUCCAAAAGUUUUUAACGCAAGGACAGUGCUAUGAAAGUUUCGUUGCAGGUCAAAUAAAGUGGUUAUUAUUCUUGGUAAAAUUUGCUAAUUCCGGAAUUGUUUGGUGUUUAUAACGCAGAUUACUAAAAUUAAUCAUCUGAAUAUUAUAGUUUAAAAAGAUCUGGAGGCGGCUCUACUGUACUGAAAAGUUCUUGAUCGUUCAGCUUUUAAAAGGAUACACAACAAUUGCAAAGGUACUCAACAAUGACAUAAGGCCUCCUUCAAAAUGGCAUUACGAUUAAAGAAAGACAUAAAAAAAGCAUCGUACUACGUGUGGUUUCUUGGAGCGCAAGAGUCACGCGGCCUCAGGGGGGAGGAAUUUGCGAUACCGGCCAUAAGGAUCCUAGAGGAGAGGGCGAGAGAUUUGGAGCCUUUCAAAGUCACUUUACAGGUGUCUCAUAAAGGGUUGAAGAUAAUACAGAACGUUACAUCAAAAGGCAAGCAACAGACGAUCAAACAUUUCAUACCUCAUGGCAGUAUCACCAGCGCGGUGGUGCAGGGCGACGUAGUGGCCUGCGUUCUUCUACUCUACAAUCCCUUAACCGGUUGUCCUGUUCAUGUACACGCUUACAGAUGUGACUCCGACCAUACAGCAGAAAUGCUGUAUACCCAUCUCCAAGCUUUAAUCGAAAGACCGGAAAACCAGAAAAAGUUCGCUGACAUUGAACGCAAACUGCAAAUGAGGGGUGCUCUGCCCGCUAUUAAAAAACCACCAGAUUCCUCACUAGGAAGUGAAGUCUCAAGAGAAUCAGACUCUGGUAGUAACGAAGAGCGAUGCGUCGCAAAUUUAUACGACAGUCUCGCUGCGGAGCUGAAACAAAAACUGUCAACAGGUAAAAAAGGAAUAGGCAAAAGUCCCAUAUUACUACCCCCCCGCGACUACGACACAGUUCAUCGACAGAAGGGUAACUUGAAUAAUAUUGACACGCGACGCUGUCUCAACCAGAACAUUGUAGGUGUGAACGCAAGGCGUAAGCUGGAGUCAUCUGGAGGUAGUUCUGGUAUUGGCAGUGAUCUGGCGCCGUCACCAGAGAGAAACGACUAUACGAGACAACAUGACAACCAUAGUACAAGCGAGGAAGACUGGGCUGAGAGCACUGCCUACAUGAUGCACGAAGCAUUUGAAGCAUCGCCACCUCGCCGUGCUGUCUCGCCUCGACGCACAUCGCCCGGACGCCGGGCACUAUCUCCCCAUAGCUAUGAAAGGGCACCUGCUUAUAACGAUGAUUAUAAUGAACAAUAUCAUGACCAAGUAGCCCCCUUCCGCGAACAAACCGCAUUCGAUCGCAGAUUCCGCCAUGAAUCCCUUGAACGUGUCAACAAAGAUAAAACAGAUAAAUUCAAUGAUGAUACACCAAAUUAUAGGAGGAGAUAUAUUGCAGAUACAAAACCAUCUAACCGGAGCAUAGACAGAAUUGAGGACCGUCGAUUUGGCAAACUUCAAAGAGGAGCUAGUGAAGGAAGCUUGAAAUUAGCUGAAGCCUCACCCAAAGAUCGAUUCAACGUAGCAAAAGAGAAAUUUAUGAAUCUAGAAAGGGAAAGAUUCAACAGAGAACUCGAACAACAUAUGGCUAUUAGAAGGAGUAUUCUAGAAAGGAACAGUCGUUCGACUUCUUCCCCCGAGGAAGAAAGAAGGGACGAGCGACAGGAGCGUCACAGAGACCUGAGUUCCCGGAGAGAACCUGAACGUUCUCAUCGAGAUUUAGAGCGUUCUCAUAGGGAGCCAGAAAGACGCAAAGAUACCGAAAGGAUUCGUGACCUAGAUACAAGAGAUUUGGGUCAUAGGGAAAUGGAAAGACUUCCACGAGUUGGAAGGAAGCGCGACGAUUUGAAACGAUAUGAAUAUGGGACAGAGGAUUAUUUAAAUAGAAUUGAACCUAAACCUCAUAGGGAUGAUUUCGACAGAUACAGAGAGAGAAGGGAAUUAGAUCGACGUAUAGAUGAAGAUGAAAUAAUUGACCCUGUUUUAGAUGACAGGAGAAGAGACUGGAACGAUAGACAGAGAGCGUUCAGCCGUUCACGACUACUUGAUGACCAACGUCAGUCAUACGCGGAAGGGGACAGAGACAGAUACUACGACAGAGACUAUCGGGACUUCCGUGAACUGGCUGAGAGGCAGCCCGCUAAAUUCCGGCACAGUUACGCGGAACCCAUACCCAGGGGCCGUCUCGGCACAGUCAGACCAUAUUGAAUGAAAUGCCAUAAUAGUGUUUUACCAGCGUAUCUGUAUAUUCUGGAAAAAUAUAUUAAAUUAGUUCGUAAUUCCUACAUGACUAAUAAAAAGUAGUCGAUUAUGACUUAGUAUAAAUAGUUCAGCCGUAACAUUCGUGAAUUUGAUUUUUAAGAAAUAUAUAUUUCAUAAUAUUUAUGUUCUUCCAUUUUUUUUUUCGUUCGAUCAAUAUGGGUUAUAAUAAUUCUCAGAAUUUAUAAAUAAACAGUUAAUCAUUAUCUAAAUGACUACAAAAAAUUGCUGAACUAAUUUAUAUGGAUAAUAGAAGUUAAUUAUUUGAAACCGUACCUAAUGACAGAGUUUAUAUUAACUACAUGUAAUAGAUCUGACGAGACAUCAGAAUACACUAAGUGUAUUCAGUAUUAAAUAUUAUAGUCAUUUAAAUCCUUAUAAGUGCCUAUCCAAUAGUAAAUAAAUGUAUUUAUGCUAUAAAUACUCAAUUGAGCAGUUAAUAGGUAUCAAAAAAUAUUAUUGUAAAUAUAAAUUAUAUCCCAAAUAGAGUAUACGUUUAACAAAUAUUAAUUAAUAUAAUAUGAUUAUUUCAUUACAUUAUUGUUAUCUUAAUAUAGAUAUUUCGCAAUACGGUUGACAAUAAUAAUAACAGAUAUUAAUGACAUACAAAUUAUUUCGUGAAAUUAUAUUAUUCCAAAUAUAAGUAAUGUUCGUAACAUUGUAGAUGAUUUUAUUAUAUUCAAUUUAUUUUUUAUUUCAUAAACUAUUAUAAAUUUUGAACUGUCAACUAAGAUUGUUGCACCAAAUAAUUAACUUUGUUGGUAUUUCAUUAUAUUUAAUUAAAAUAUAUCAGUAAAAUGACAAUAGAUGUAAAACUAAAUCCAUGUUUGCAAAUUAUAAUUGAACAAUAUUGUCGUUUUUUUACAUGUAAAUAUAUGUAAAGGAACUGCUAGUCCAUCUUCUAAUGAAUAUAUGUCACCAUAAAUUAUAUUAUUAGUUCAUAUAUUUGAACUUGUAAUAAGAUUUUGAAAUCAUCAUCGUCAUUUUAUAUAAACGCGUUGACCUGUUGAUUUCCCUUUAUUAUCAUGUUAUAUGAAGAAAAAUACAACGAGAUUAUGAAAUAAAUAAUUUUAAUAUAUUUGUUGUACCUAUUUUUUAAAUCUAUUAUUACAUUAUAAAGAUAUACUUAAAUUAUGUACCUAGCACCAGUGACAUCAAAUCAAAAUUCAUUGAUGUACUGUCUAUGUUUGUAAUAUAGAAAU